UCACAAAUCAUUGAAGAAAAAAGGUUAAGUGCACUGUCUAGUGGGUCUAGAUGACCCAACUCCCAAUGUUAAAGUACCUAUAGCACAAGGGUUAAAAAAAGUAGUGCAAACAUAAAUGUAGUACAUUCGUGUACUUACCAAUGAGUUCUAUUAAUGGUAUUAUUAUAUUUAUACACAUUAUCUUGUGUUUACCUUGUGAGCAUUUGUGUUUGCCCUCUAGAGAUUUUGCACGUCAAAAAGAAAAUGUUUAAACUCACGUCCUAAUUGUACAUCUAAUGCUUAUAUAGAUGAAUAAACGAAGAAGCUACUCAUUUUUAGUCUUUAGUUUUUAAAGUAAAAGGUUUUCUCCAUAAUUAGGUACAAUUGUAUUUUUGUUAAAUGAAUAUGAAUUUGUGGUUAUUUUAUUUUGCUUUUUGUUGAUAAUCAAAAUAUAGAAAAAGAUAUUGCACAGUUUACAAAUAUUUACGCAAGUAUAGUUUAUUUGUAAGUGGUUUUAAUCUCAGUAUAUCUUUUUAAAAAUAAGAAUGAUUUCCUUAUUGUAGAUUUCUUAACUGGGACAAAAAGGCGACAGUCUUUGGAUGUGCUUAAUCUUUUCUGUGCAGUGUGUGACAGGAUGUGAGAGCUCCUAUAAGCUUCUUAGGGUGCUAAUGAAAGUGAGCGCUUAUUGUCCGGCAGACAGAUGGUUUCUGUCUUGAUUAAGUUUGAACUUUCCUGCCGGCUGUAGAGACGGCCGCGCGCGCGCUCUUCAGUCGGAGCGUCUCCACCUGCAAGAAGACCUGAAGAUCCAUGCGCCUCAUUUCCCCCUCGGCCAAUGCUUUUCUGUGUUUGUUGUUUUUGUUGGUGUGACGCAGUAAAGUUCUGGAGGAUGCCUAAUUAUAUUUCCCUUCAACUUUUUCUUUUUUAAUAAAUAGAUUUUCAUCUUAAUUGGAGACUUCUACAGCGGCUAACCAAGAACUCCCAUAAUAACUGCAACUCCAAUGAAGAUGCAAUCGCUGAAUUGCCAGUUACACUGGGGGCUCCUACUGCUCUGCGUAGCAAACCUCUGGAUCCAGCAAGUGUCCAGUGGCAACCGAAGAGGACACGCAGGAUCUUCAAAGGACAGGACAGGAACUUGUGAAGUCGUUGCUGCCCACCGCUGCUGCAAUAAGAAUAAGAUUGAAGAGCGCUCUCAAACAGUCAAGUGCUCCUGCUUCCCUGGACAGGUGGCGGGGACGACGAGGGCGCUGCCCUCUUGUGUUGAAGCCUCCAUUGUGCGUGAGAAGUGGUGGUGUAAAAUGGAACCGUGUCUGCCGGGGGAGGAGUGCCGGGUUCUGCCUGACCUCACAGGCUGGUCAUGCAUCUUGGGGAACAAAGUGAAGACCACGAAGGUGUCUCGGUAGCAAGACAGAAGUUUCACCUAAUGAGCACAAGCCAAGCCUGACCUGCUGUAGUCAAUUUUAAGUAUCACCACAUUCUCAUCUGAUAGAGCAAGGUGGAACAGAGAUUUAAUUAGAUAUCUCCUGGCUGAACUUUAGGCUGCAAGAACUCAUUAUUUUAAUUUUCUUUUGUCUUGGAAGACUUCUUGUCCACAGAGAGGACAAUCUCUUUAAAAACUUGGAGAAAAAAAACAAGUGGUACCUUUUUUCCAAUCUAAACACAGAAUUUCUGCACAGCUCUUUGUUCUUGUGCUUGAAAUGCUGGGCACAUUGUGAUGCGCUCAAUCAAAGUUUGGAUGGAGCUGCUGGCAGACACUUAAAAAGAGAUUUUGUGGAUUUUUCAGGUGGCAGAAUGUGAACCCAGUCAGCGGCUCGUGACUUUCUGUCGAUCAAAGCAAAGGACCACAAAUACUGAGAAAUUCAUGACUACACUGUGUAGCAUUUGCAGUCGACGCUGUCCCUCAACAGAGUGGUACCUUUCUAAAGAGGUCAGGUCCCCUUAGACUAGUCCUUAGCGUAAAGAGGCACUCUAACAAGCACACCUGCACACGCACACAAGCAUGCACAAAUACACAAAUUCUCUUUUUGGACUCCAUGGGUUGGACAGACUACCACCUGCGAGGCUGCAACAGUAGACACACAAGCCUGUGAAACCCUGAUGCAAAAUAGGGACUGUGUGAAAUGCUAAUCAGAAGGAGAAAGGUGAGAGAAGAGGAGCUUCUUCACUGCUGAGAGUCUUUACAUCAUGCUUUUUUUUCUGUUUGCCUCUCUCAACUGAGUGCUUCUGUGGAGGGGACUCUGUUUGUGGUAAUGAUGGGAAACACUGGUGUUUCUCUGCCUUGAAGCAGAACGUAGCCACCGCCAGGGCAGAAUGUCUGUAACCACUUCAUCAGUUGUCCUUUUCAUGUGCAUAAUAUUCCUUCUGGACCCAC